CUUGCCCGAAGGCAUUGACGAGGCCUAAGAUGGAGCUCGCCCAGAAGGUGCCUGUUCACUCAGGCUUUGAAAGCACCCGGGUUAUAUGCAUUCGGAAAUACAGAAGAUGAUGAGAUGCUCUGUUAGAAAUUAGGUGUGUCGAGAUGGAGUGGUCGGAGCGGUGGCGGCGGCGCGCGCUGCUGGCGUUGCGCCCGCGCACGUGCUGCUGCGUGGCGCCGCUGCGCGGGGGGCUCCUCGCACUCGGGUACUUCAAUAUGCUUGUGUCUGUGCUUCUGAUAGUGGGCACAGCAUCGUCCACGUUCGUGCCAAUGUGCGUACGAGUCCAAGAGGCCGUAGUGGAGGAGCCUUCGCCCUCCACCUGCAUCGUCGGGCCCUCCGCCGAGCUGGCCCUCAGCGUGCUGCUAAUAGCUGCCACUUAUCGGAGCGACUUGGUGUUGCUGCGGAUCUACUCAUGGCUGGCGCUGGGUGCGUUAGCAGCUGCUGUGCUGGUAUACUGCCUGGUAGUGGCUCUUAUUGGAGCACUAUACCUCAUUGCCAUUGCUGUUAGCCUCGUAUACCAGAGCUACGUGAUACUUCUGGUGAGGAGUUUCAUUAUAGAAAUCAAAUUCAAGGAUACGAUCGACAAAACUUUAUACUACAACAAGCUCUUGGACAUUAAGAAAGAUCCGGAGGCGCCACCAGCGGCGGCAGAGCCUCAGGGCUCUACUGUCGUGCACACAGACACAGAAGGUGAAGAAAAGACACUAAUAGUGACUUCUGAGAAGGAAAAACAAACAGACACUGUUAAAGUGACGAAUUUACCACCGAACGAUACAAAGACACCAGUGAGCACUACUGCGACUGUUGUGAAAGUCCACGAAGGCACGGGUCGUGCAACAGUCGCGAAUAAAGAUGACAAAGGCAAACUGAGGGACGAGAAUAUUGGUAAGAACGUCAGCGCAAAGGAAGCCGCAAGUAACCGUGCGAUAGUCGCAAGUAACGUCGACGGGAGCCGACAGGCAACUGCAACUGCCGCGACUGCUGGCAGCAGUUCCAAAGAUGGCGGCGCUGUGAAAACAACUGAAAGUCGUGUCACGAUAACAGUUGCAAGUAUAAAGGAAGACCAACAGGAGCCUGAAACUAGCGCUGUAGGAGACAGUUCUAAACAUGUCAACGCUACAGAAGACGCGGGCAGUAGCGCGGCAGUUGCAAGCGGAGAAGAGAAGGGUAAGCAAAAGGACAAAGAGGUCACUGACCCUGCGCCGACGCCGAAAAAACGUCGAGGUUGGUUCCGGCGCGGCGCACGCGACAAACGUGAUGCAAGCGAGACAAAAGAAGCAAAAGACGACACGGCAAAGGAUUAAUACCAAGCAAUAUCAAGGAUUUGCUAUCCUUUUUCAACAUCCCUAGCGUUAGCCCGUUCUCACGGGGUCCGCUUACCUAACCCAAAGAUUUGACAGGUCCGGUUUUUUACAGAAAAGGUUAGGUGACGUAUCUCCGAAACCAUUUUCCAUCUUCUUUAACCCUAUUAAAAAUCUAAUAUUCAAGAAAGUAAAAAAA